CCAGUUCCCAGUUGGACUAGGCAAUUCUAUUCUCCUCUACCGCACUCGCUUCUUCAACAAGCGCGAAUAUGAGCUUGAAGCUGCCCUGGUCCGUCGGUCUGCAAGGAAUCCCAGAAACAAAAGGCCUUCUUUUCGCAGGUAACCUCAAUUUUUCUUCAUUUUCCUUUUCUUUGAAGCAAAACCCACUUCACGGAAUCCACCAAAACAAGAGUCAUAAAGUUUCACUCGUUUCUUUGGCUGUAAAGAAUGAGGUUUUAAGUGAUACAGCACAAAGAAACCGUGGUAGAAUAGCGCCUAGAAAGGGAGGUAGAGACCCAAUAUUGAGUGAGGGAAGAGAUGUGGAUGAGAAAUACGGGACAAUUUGCCCUGGUUGUGGGGUCUUCAUGCAAGAUAAGGAUCCAAACCUUCCUGGGUAUUAUCAGCAAAAGAAGGUUAAUGUUGAAAAUGAAAUGCCGGAGGAUUUGGAGGAAGAGGAGGAUUUUGAUGAUGAGGAGGAGGACGACUUUGUGGAUGACAUUCAGGAUAAGUUUGAGGAAACUGAUGAGGAAGAAGGUAAUCUGGGAAAGGGAGAUGGGUUUGAUUGGGAUUCUGAUGAAUUUGAAGCCUUAUUACAAGGUGAAGAGGAUGAUAUGGAUUUGGAUGGCUUUAGGCCGCCAGAUGUUGGAUAUGGCAACAUUACAGAGGAGGUGAUAGAGAAAGCGGAAAUGAGAAGGAACGCAAUGAAGGUGUCAAAAGCGGAAAGGAAGAGGAUGGCUCGGGAAGCUGAAAGGGAAAAGGAUGAGGUUACAGUGUGUGCUCGGUGUCAUUCGUUGAGGAAUUAUGGGCAAGUAAAGAAUCAGACGGCUGAGAAUUUGAUACCGGAUUUUGAUUUUGAUAGGUUGAUUGCAACCAGGCUUAUGAAACCUACUGCGAACGCCAAUUCAACCGUUGUUGUGAUGGUUGUUGAUUGUGUUGAUUUUGAUGGCUCAUUUCCAAAGCGGGCAGCAAAGUCAUUGUUUAAGGCAUUGGAAGGAGCCCAAAUUAAUCAUAGGGCCAGCAAGCAGUUGCCAAAACUUGUUCUCGUGGCUACAAAGGUUGAUCUCCUCCCAUCGCAAAUUUCACCAACUAGGCUAGAUAGAUGGGUUAGAAACCGUGCCAAGGCUGGAGGGGCACCUAAGCUAAAUGGAGUAUAUUUAGUUAGUGCAAGAAAAGAUUUGGGUGUGAGGAAUUUGUUGGCAUUUAUCAAGGAAUUGGCUGGUCCUCGAGGGAAUGUAUGGGUUAUUGGAGCUCAGAAUGCUGGGAAGUCCACUUUAAUCAAUGCUUUUGCAAAGAAAGGAGGGGCCAAAAUUAUGAAACUCACAGAAGCACCAGUUGCUGGAACCACACUUGGAAUAUUGAGAAUUGGAGGAAUUUUAUCAGCCAAGGCAAAGAUGUAUGACACUCCUGGGCUCUUACAUCCAUAUCUAAUGUCAGUGAGACUGAAUAGGGAUGAGCAGAAGAUGAUCGAAAUUCGGAAGGAGCUAAAACCACGGACAUACAGAGUGAAGGUAGGGCAGGCUGUUCAAGUUGGUGGCUUGGUGAGAUUAGACCUCAAUCAAGCUUCCAUUGACACAAUAUAUGUCACCAUCUGGGCAUCACCUAAUGUAUCUCUACACAUGGGAAAAAUUGAGAAUGCUGAUGAAAUUUGGCAAAACCAUGUUGGUAUUAGGUUGCAGCCUCCAAUUGGUGAAGACCGAGCUUCCAUGUUGGGCAAAUGGGAAGACAGGGCAAUCAAAGUGACUGGAACAAGCUGGGAUGUGAAUAGCAUUGAGAUUGCAGUUGCUGGUUUUGGAUGGUUUUCUUUGGGCCUCAAAGGUGAAGCAACACUGACAUUGUGGACAUAUGAUGGUGUCAACGUUACUUUAAGAGACCCUUUGGUUCUUGACCGUGCACCAUUCCUUGAGAGACCAGGGUUUUGGCUACCUAAGGCUAUAUCUGAGGCCAUUGGCAGCCAAAGUAAACUUGAAGCUCAGAAGAUGAAAUUUCAAGAAGACAGCGAUGAAUCCUUGUCCCAGGUGCCUGCUUAAGGAACCACUUUUUCCAUUAGCAGUUCUUAGAGAAACUUCAGAAAUUUUUGUCUUGACAAAACGAAACAUAGUCCCGGAUUAAUUCCAUUUAGGUAACCUCGAACAUUUAGAUGUUUACCAAAUUGACAGAAGUGUGUGUCUCGUUAAAUCAAGAGUAUAGAACUUGUUAUAAUAGGUUUGAAUAUUGUGACAUCAAUGUUUAAGAUGUAAUGUAUGAAGUUCGAAUUCAUAGGGUAAUAUGAUAUACAGGUUUAUACUGGUUUCUUUGC